CGCACAUGAGCGCGUACUUGGUCUUUCCUGUUCUUGUGAUUCGGAGGAAUGCAACGGUCCUGCUUGCAAGGCCGCACCUAAACCGUAAACAUGGUGCUGCUACACGUGCUGUUCGAGCAUGCAGCUGGAUAUGCAUUAUUUGCUGUCAAAGAAGUUGAAGAGAUUGGAAUGCUCCUACCUCAGGUGGAGGAAAGCGUCCUCAAUGUUGGGAAAUUCAGUACUGUGGUCCGACUGAGCGCCUUCUUCCCCUUUAAAUCCGCCCAGGGUGCACUGGAAAAUAUCAAUGCCGUUUCAGAAGGAGUUGUUCAUGAAAAUCUCAAGUUGUUCUUGGAAACAAAUCUUCCGUCCGGAGGGAAAAAGAAGCACAUGUUGGGGGUGUCUGAUGCCAAACUAGGAGCAGCACUCCAAGAAGAACUUGAGCUGUCCAUUCAAACAGGAGGUGUAGUAUCUGAAAUAAUAAGAGGUUUGCGACUGCACUUCCAUUCCCUGGUCAAGGGCCUCACCGCUCAGGCAGCAUCUAAAGCUCAACUGGGUUUGGGUCACAGCUACUCCAGAGCCAAGGUGAAGUUCAAUGUUAACAGGGCUGACAACAUGAUCAUCCAGUCCAUUGCUCUCCUGGACCAGUUAGACAAGGAUAUCAAUACGUUCUCCAUGCGUGUGCGUGAAUGGUAUGGCUACCAUUUUCCAGAGCUGAUAAAGAUAGUGAGUGAAAACGGCACAUACUGUAAACUGGCCAAGCUAAUAGGGAAUAGGAAGGAACUGACAGAGGAAAAUCUGGAAGCUAUUGAGGAGGUCACCAUGGACAGCGCCAAAGCUCAGGCCAUUCUUGAGGCAUCCCGCAGCUCUAUGGGCAUGGACAUCUCUCCUAUUGAUCUGAUCAACAUUGAGAGCUUCUCCAGUCGUGUGGUGUCCCUCACCGAUUACAGACAGGAGUUGCAAGAGUAUCUGCGAUCUAAAAUGGGCCAGGUGGCGCCAAAUCUGGCAGCUCUCAUUGGCGAAGUGGUUGGUGCUCGUCUCAUCUCUCAUGCAGGCAGUCUGACUAACCUGGCCAAGUAUCCGGCCUCCACAGUGCAGAUCUUGGGUGCAGAGAAGGCCCUGUUCAGGGCGCUGAAGACCAAAGGAAACACCCCAAAGUAUGGUCUCAUUUUCCACUCAACGUUCAUCGGGCGUGCUGCCGCCAAGAACAAGGGCCGCAUCUCCCGUUACCUGGCCAACAAGUGCACUAUUGCAUCACGCAUUGACUGCUUCUCUGACUUGCCCACCAGCGUGUUCGGUGACAAACUGCGCGAUCAGGUAGAAGAACGUUUGGCCUUCUAUGAGACCGGCGAGGUCCCAAGGAAGAACCUAGAUGUUAUGAAAGAGGCUGUUGUACAGGCUGGUGAAGUGGUAGCCGAGAUAAAGCGUAAGCUUAAGAAGGAAAAGAAGAAAAAUAAACGGGAGAAGAGGAAACUAGAGGCUCUUUCCACAGCAGAAGGAGAGGAUGACAUGAAAGCCAUGAAGGCCAAAUCCAAUGGAGAAGCUGAGGAGAAUGGAGAUGCAGAGGUUACUGUUAAGAAGAUAAAGAAAAAGAAACAAGCAGUUGAAGAGGAAUUCACAACAAAUGGUGUGGAAAAAGCCACGCCUGCCAAGAAGAAAAAGAGGAAGAUUGAAGCUGUAGAGGUGGAGCCUGAAGAGGAGGCUGUGACCGAGACAAUACAGGCCACUCAGACAAAGAAAAAGAAAAAGAAAAAAAAGGCAGAAGAGGAGGAUGAAUAAAUCCAUUCCUCCUGACAGGACUUUAUUGUAAAGUUUCAUUUAGAUUUUUUUCAUUUGAUUGUUGUAAACUGUGUAUGGUCAAACAUUGAGGAUAUUUGUGAGCCAAGCCCAAGAAAAGUGAUACAUUGAUUAUCAAACAUGUUUGGGUUUUUUUUUUU